CUGGUCUUUUGUAACUUUAAACAGUAUGUAGUAUUGUAUCUUGUUAGUAAAAAUUGAAAUAAAAAAUUUUUUUACUACAAUAAUUAUCGACCAAUCAAAUUUGAAUCUUCUAUAUAUAUUGAAAAAGUUUAAAAAAUUUCUUUUAUCAUAAUAAUGACUUCAAUUUUACCUUCUUCAAAUUGGCAAAAACUUAAAACGAAAAUUGCUAAGGAAGAAACUGAGAAAAAGAAUAAAUAUAAAAGAAAACGUAAUGAAGAAACAGAACAAAAGUCUAAUAAAAGUAUAAAAUCUAGUUCAAAAGCUUCAGCAACGCAAGUAAUAACAACAAAAGAAAGGAAUAAAAUAGACGAAAUAUGGUUUGACGAUAUUAUUAAAAAAGAUCUUGGCAAAAUAAAUGAAUAUUCCUCUAAAGAAAGUUCAUUGAUAUCUGAAGUUUCUUCUACGAAUAAUAAAACCAAAAUUGGAAAAUAUGUUGCAAUUGAUUGUGAAAUGGUUGGAGUUGGACCUGAUGGAAUUCAAUCAGCUCUUGCAAGGGUAACAAUAGUAAAUUAUUAUGGCGUAACAAUAUUGGAUAAGUAUGUAAGACCCAUAGAAAGAGUUACUGAUUUUAGAACUGAAAUUAGUGGAAUUACUCCAAAACUAUUAAUAAAUUCGCACGAUUUUAAACAAGUUCAACAAGAAGUUUAUAAUAUAAUUAAAGAUAGAAUAGUAGUUGGACAUGCUCUUCAACAUGAUUUUAAAAUGUUAAUGUUAGAUCAUCCACGUAAAAUGAUACGUGAUACUUCAUUAUAUGAACCAUUUCGUAAAAUUGCUAAAGGAAAAACACCUUCGUUAAAGCGACUUGCAAGUGAAGAAUUAGGAAUGACAAUUCAAACAGGAAAACAUUCCUCAGUUGAGGAUGCACAAGCUUGUAUGAUGCUAUAUCGUAAACAUAAAGAACAAUGGGAACAGUCUGUUCAAAUAAAAUAUUAUAAGAAAUUAAAAAUUGAAAAAUCAAUGAAAUCAAAUCUCACAAAAUAGGGCGGUAAAAAUAUAAACAGUAAUAAUCAACAUUAUUAAUCCAUUAAAACUUUCGACAAAUUCGAUAAUUAUAAGUCUUGAAUAAUAUUCGAUAAUUA